CACAUUGACAUCCCAAGGUGGAGUAAAUGUAGCGAGUUUACCUGCUUUUUUUAUCCGUUAUCUGUUAAAUUAUAUCAGUAAAUAUGUCAGGAAUUGUAUGUCAGCUGCUGUUGAGGCCGGUUCUGUUAUCGCGAUGCAGGUCUGCUAUGGAAAGCUCUGUCCGACACAGCCACUGGUUUGCAACCCCGUUUUCGUUGAAGACCUCAGUUCCACUAAGAGCAGAGCCGAGGAAAAAGAAGAAGGUCGACCCGCGUCGUGAGCUGAUGGCGAAAGAACGACUGAAGAAAAAGCUGAAGAAACUUGAGAAGAUCCCACCUGAGCUGAUUCCUAUUGAGGACUUUAUAACUCCGGCCAAGUGCUUGGAUGAGAUCAGGGUCCGCAGUGUUCCCAAACUAUCUUUUGAGGAGAGUGAACGUAGGGCGCUGUUGCUUAAGGAAUGGUCCAGGUACAAACACUCCCAGCACCAGACUGAGAUGGCAGCGAUUAACGAAGCCCUAGAUGCCCAGACACAAGCUUUAGAGGAGCUCAGGCUGGAAUCAGACGAGCUCUACAAGGCAGCAAUCAGCCCUGACACGAGUCUGAUUCCCUUUCAGCGUCAAGGUCCAAGCCACACACCUCCUAUCUCAACUCACGAAGCACCUGAAGGCAGAUACAAUGACAUUACACGAGUGUACACACAGUAAACGUACACGGUGCAAACACUGAUAUACGAUGGUUGUGCUGUGUUUUAUCUAUGUUGCUUUAGCAUCUGUAAAUAUGAAAGGAAGACUUAAGUUGUAUUAUUGGAUUAUAUUAUGGUUUCUUUAUAGCCUCGUGCUUCCAUGACGUGUACUUAAUGAACCAGCGUUUAUUACUGUUUAUAAUGAGUAACUGAAGCUAAUAAACUGAAGCUUUAACAGAAAAGUGUUUAAGGAUGCUGAUUAAAUCAAAUUAAAUCUGCAGUCACAUGUACAAAA